GAAAUUGUCAAUUUGAGAAUUGAAGAAGGUUUGGAAUCUUCUAGUAUGGAAACAGCCCAAGCUAUUUCUUUCUCUAAUUUAGAUUUAGAUUAUGAUCCACUCGAUGUACUAAAUAGUUUUUUAGAACGUGAAGGGCAAGAUAAUAGCUUGUAG